GUCGCUCAGUCAGUCUCGGGCUGUCCGGCCAGGGUGGUUGGUGGUAAGGAUUCAGGCUCCGUCCUAACGAGGCCGUGGCCUAAGGCUCAGGGCCCCCCGCCCCUCCCUCCCAGCCCACCAGCGUUACCCCCCAGCCCCGAGCUGGACCGCACACCUUGGGACACGGUUUUCCACUUCCUAAGGACGAGCCCCAGACUGGAGGAGAGGUCCGAGGAGGUGGGCGUUGGACUCUUUGCGAGGACCCCGGCGGCUGGCCCGGGGGAGGCGGCCGAGGCGGCGGCGGCGGCGGCCGGGGGCGACAUGGCGGAGGAGCAGGACCUAUCGGAGGUGGAGCUGAGCCCCGUAGGCUCGGAGGAGCCCCGCUGCCUGUCCCCGGGGAGCGCGCCCUCACUAGGGCCCGACGGCGGCGGCGGCGGCGGAUCGGGCCUGCGAGCCAGCCCGGGGCCUGGCGAGCUGGGCAAGGUCAAGAAGGAGCAGCAGGACGGAGAGGCGGACGAUGACAAGUUCCCCGUGUGCAUCCGCGAGGCCGUCAGCCAGGUGCUCAGCGGCUAUGACUGGACGCUGGUGCCCAUGCCCGUGCGCGUCAACGGCGCCAGCAAGAGCAAGCCGCACGUCAAGCGGCCCAUGAACGCCUUCAUGGUGUGGGCGCAGGCGGCGCGCAGGAAGCUCGCGGACCAGUACCCGCACCUGCACAACGCCGAGCUCAGCAAGACGCUGGGCAAGCUCUGGAGGCUGCUGAACGAAAGUGACAAGCGCCCCUUCAUCGAGGAGGCUGAGCGGCUCCGUAUGCAGCACAAGAAGGACCACCCGGACUACAAGUACCAACCCAGGCGGCGGAAGAACGGGAAGGCUGCCCAAGGCGAGGCAGAGUGUCCCGGUGGGGAGGCGGAGCAAGGUGGGACCGCCGCCAUCCAGGCCCACUACAAGAGUGCCCACUUGGACCACCGGCACCCAGGAGAGGGCUCCCCCAUGUCAGAUGGGAACCCCGAGCACCCCUCAGGCCAGAGCCAUGGCCCACCCACCCCUCCAACCACCCCAAAGACAGAGCUGCAGUCGGGCAAGGCAGACCCGAAGCGGGACGGGCGCUCCAUGGGGGAGGGCGGGAAGCCUCACAUCGAUUUCGGCAAUGUGGACAUCGGUGAGAUCAGCCACGAGGUAAUGUCCAACAUGGAGACCUUUGAUGUGGCUGAGUUGGACCAGUACCUGCCGCCCAAUGGGCACCCAGGCCACGUGGGCAGCUACUCAGCAGCUGGCUAUGGGCUGGGCAGCGCCCUGGCUGUGGCCAGUGGACACUCCGCCUGGAUCUCCAAGCCACCAGGCGUGGCUCUGCCCACGGUCUCACCACCUGGUGUGGAUGCCAAAGCCCAGGUGAAGACAGAGACCGCGGGGCCCCAGGGGCCCCCGCACUACACCGACCAGCCAUCCACCUCACAGAUCGCCUACACCUCCCUCAGCCUGCCCCACUACGGCUCAGCCUUCCCCUCCAUCUCCCGCCCCCAGUUUGACUACUCUGACCAUCAGCCCUCAGGACCCUAUUACGGCCAUUCGAGCCAGGCCUCUGGCCUCUACUCGGCUUUCUCCUAUAUGGGGCCCUCACAGCGGCCCCUCUACACGGCCAUCUCUGACCCCAGCCCCUCAGGGCCCCAGUCCCACAGCCCCACACACUGGGAGCAGCCAGUAUAUACGACACUGUCCCGACCCUAAAGGGGGCCCUGUCGCCACCACCCCCCGCCCAGCCCCUCCCCCAGCCUGUGUGCCCUGUUCCUCGCCCACCUCAGGCCUGGCGGUGGCAGUGGAGGAGGCUGAGGAGGCUGAAGAGGCUGACGGGUCGGGGGGCUUUCUGUCUGGCUCACUGCCCUGAUGACCCGCCCGCCCCAUCCAGGCUCCAGCAGCAAAGCCCCAGGCGAACAGGCUGGACAGAGGAGAAGGAGGUUGACUGUUGCUCCCACACUGAAAGAUGAGGGGCUGCACCUUCCCCCAGGAAUGACCCUCUAUCCCAGGACCUGAGAAGGACCUGCUCACCCUCCUCGGGGAGGGGAAGCACCAGGGUUGGUGGCAUCGGAGGCCUUACCACUCCUAUGACUCCUGUUUCCUCUCUCACAGAGAGUGAGGGUCUGACAUGCCCAUGCCACCUGUGCCACAGUGCCUUAGGGCUAGGCCACCCAGAGACUGUGUCCGGAGCUGGCCGUGUCUCCCACUCAGGGGCUGAGAGUAGCUUUGAGGAGCCUCAUGGGGAGUGGAGGGUUCGAGGGACUUAGUGGAGUUCUCAUCCCUUCAAUGUCCUCUCCCCUUCCGAAGGCAGGAAGGAGUUGGCACAGAGGCCCCCAGAUCCAAUUCUGUGCCAGUAACCUCAUUCUUUGUCUAAUCGAGAAAGAGCCCCCAGUCCUCCUCCAUUACAACCUCUGUGACCUUGAGGCGCAUCCCAGGAGGUGAGGAGGCAGGGGCUCCAGGAAAGGAAUCAGAGACAAUUCACAGAGCCUUCCUCCCUGGGCUCCUUGCCAGCUCCCUCUUCCCUUACUAGGCUCUACGUCCCCUGCUCUGUCAGCCCCACUCCCUGGGCUUCCCAGAGAGUGACAGCUGCUCAGGCCUGAACCCUUUGCUCCAGGAGACACAGGGCCCAGCACCCAGGUUGCUGGCAGCAGGCUGAAGACACUAGAAUCCUGACCUGUACAUUCUGCCCUUGCCUCUUGCCCCUUGCCUCCCAGUGGUAUUUGAAUAAAGUAUGUAGCUAUAUCUGCCCCCCAUUUUCCUGUUCUGCAGCCCCCCAAAUCCACAUGUAACUCAUUACUGUCUCCUGUUAUUUAUCUCAGUAGUCCCCUCUCCUAGCCACUCUAGCCCCUAUUAACUCUGCGUUAAGCAUUCCACAUAAUAAAAUUAAAGGUUCCGGUUACCUGCUUGGUGAGCCUGA